GUGUGUCGUGUCCUGGCGAAUGUGGGAGAAUGGAGACAAAGUCAUGUGUUGAUCUGCAGCCGGACUCGUCUGAAGGAGGUCUGAAGGAGCUGGUGAUGAGGUGGUUCAUUGGGACGCAGGCGCCUCUCAUUCUGCAAAAUGGAAACUUUCCUUACUGGUUUCAGGGCUUCACAGCAAGAAAGCAUGCGGAGGAUCACCUACAAGAUAAAGCUCUCGGCUGUUUUCUCAUUCGCCUCAGUGAUAAAGCCAUCGGCUACAUCCUUUCCUACAAGGGCUUUGACCGGUGUCGUCAUUUUGUUAUAACGCAGAACCAAGAUGGACUUUUUGUCCUAUCAGGUGACUGCCAAACCUACCACAGUAUCACCAAGCUAAUCGAGCAUUACAAAGUCAGCCCCAUCCAGCCUUUUGGAGAAUACCUGACAACCAGUUGUUCUGAGGCAAACUCUGCUGAGCUGUACGAUGUGGUGAAUUACAGCAACAAAGGGAAAUCAGGAGUAAGAGUCCAAUCUCUGCGGAGCCUGUGGGACCAAAAUAAUGCUGACUGCACAGGAGACAGUAAAAAGAUCCUGCAACACACUGGCGGAAUACACACUGUAGUUCAGCCCCCUGCCCUGCCGCCCAAAUCCCAAAACAGGAAGCUGACUGGAACAGUGUCCGUCGAUGCCAUAUCCAUCUCUCAGACUCCUGCUGUACCCAAAAGAGGGGCUCUAUUAGCAUUCUCCCUGAGUGGAUCUGUGUCUGAUACGUCACAAGCGAGCACCGCCUCUUACACUCAGCUGACACCUGUAGGUGGCAGAAGCAAAUCUGUACCGACAAUAAACAAAAACAAGGAAGUGACCUACUUAAACCAUCAAAUCAACAGUCAGUCCUUCACAAACUCUUCAUCUGAAUCCCAGGCUGCCGCCAAGAGCGUCACAUGUCACACUUAUUCGCUUCACAACCCUAGAGAGCCUUUAAGAUUCAGCAGUCCGAGUCCAAAUGAGCAGAGGGAUGAUCUUCAACUGUCCAAGACUAACAUGAUGUACCAGACUGAAGGGCCUGGAGAGAGUUCAGCUCUUGAGGGAGCCACUGUGUAUGCUAAGCUUCAGCGGAAGCCAGCAACAGUCAUUUUACCUGACGCCACCUAUGAGCAGGUCCCUGGCAAGAGCAGCAAUUACGAGGGAAACCCGUAUGAGUCGUUAGAUGACUUGAAGACCAAAAUGUCCAAAUCCACCUGGGGAAAAAAUAAUAUGAAAUGGAAGAAAUUCCUCCCUGAUUAUAUGAAGAAAUAAACAAACUCUGGAUGAAUAGAUUACCCUCAAACAGGGUUAUCCAAAGUGAACUGACAUUCAGCUUUUUUUAACGCUGGAAAUAAAACGUAUUCAUUAUCAAUGAUGAAUGAAUUAGAGCUGACAAACCAUUGGAAUGUCUGCUCGCCCGAAAACAACAAACAAUUAUUUCCCACAAUUCGACUCCCUCUUCAAAUGGUCUUGGCCAUGCUGUGCUGUAAACAUCCCAGUGAGACCAUUGCUGUAAAUUAAGUCUCGUGUUUGUUUGUAUGUCAUAACAUGUUUUUUGUAUGUUCUAUAGUGGGGGUUUUUUUUCCUGGCCUCAAACUGAGUACCCCCCAUAGAAGCUCAGUCUGGGAUCAACUUUUUUUUACUCAACCUUCCCCUAUAAUUUACUUUUUCCCACCUUUUACCGGGCUCCGGGUAAUGUAUUUCUGCUUUUGAACUGGUCUGUG